AUGUCGUCGGCGUCGCGGAAUAAGCCCGCGAAGCGGUUGAAGUCCGGGACGGAAACGACAAACCAGCACCGAUUCGAGACGUUCUCACAGCGUGUGUCGAAGCUUAAAAUCGACCCCAUCCACCGAGUGCGGCGACCCAGCUUUGGCGAAGAGGGAGAUGAGACGUCCUCCCAUUUCCGAUCGGCUUUCGACCACUGGACCGAGUUGAACCUGUCGGAGAACUAUGUCGCAUUCGCCCGUCGAGUGAGUCCGCUUAGCGAAAGUCUGGCGCAAAUCGUUUACUACGAGGAGAAGAUAUUCAACUUGCUGGUGGAAUACAUUGACAAGCGCGACAGUCACUCAAUCGAGCCUCUUCUGAGUUUGCUGUCUCAGUUUGCCCGAGACCUUGGUGUGCGGUUCGAGAAGUACUUUGCGGCCUCCGUGACUUUGGUCGCCUCCGUUGCGGCCACCCACCCCGAUGUCGAAGUGGUUGAAUGGAGCUUCACUUGCCUGGCAUGGACAUUCAAGUUCUUGUCACGACUAUUGGUUCCGGACCUGCGGCAACUCCUCGGUAUCAUGACGCCGUACCUUGGAAAAGAACGACAGAAGCCGUUUGUUGCGAGAUUCGCCGCCGAAUCACUGUCGUUCCUGAUUCGCAAAGCCGGUCUGGUCUAUUAUAAGAAUCCCGAACCUCUCCAGCUGGCGGUUACAUUCUUGUUUGACGACUUGCGGCAGGCCGGAGCCGACUCGAAGAAUGUGGAAUUAUACAAGUCAGGUCUUAUGGCGAUGUUCUCCGACUCGAUCAAGGGGGUAAAGAACGGGCUCCAUUCGAACGGAGCGGACAUUUUCUUGUGUCUUGUGAAGUCCAUAUGCACCGAUGACGACCUCCGAAACAGCCUUGCGCUCGACGUUGCCAGCGGUGUUUUGAUCAACGUAAUUCAUAGUACGACACCCGAGACAUUCGCGCCCAUUAUCGAUAUUGUGACAUCUUACGUUCAGACCAACGGCAAGAGUGGGAGCAGGAACUACGCAGUCGCCUGUACUCGACUCAUCUUCCUCUGCAUCGCCACCCGCAAAGGAGCCCGAGUACAGAGCUGGAAACCCGUGCUUGAAAGCCUGUUACUGCUGCUCAAGGCUGCGGAAAAGACUCCUGAUGCAUUCACCGACGCAGUCCCGCAGUUGCUCACCGCAGUGGCAUAUUCCCUCCAAAUAUCGCCCAUGGACGAAAUGCUGCCUUUUAUGCGUCCUCUCAUGGAUGCGAUCACAGCUGACAGGCUCUCAGCCUAUUUCCUGUCGUUCUGUGCUACAUUCUCCGAAUGGGGUGCAGAGCGGUUCCACGGUGUCGUCCUUCCGUAUUUCCAGAAGUAUGUCAAUCGAAGUUCGCUGAAAUCUUAUCCACUAACACCGUCUAGAUUCGUUAACAACUCAUGGGAGGACCGCGAGUACGAACUUUGCUUAGCCCUGCUUAAAUUAAGUGGAGCGGGCUGUAUCACAUCGGAAGUAUCGAAACCUGGCUACAUUGUCUGUCCAGCCUCUUGGAAGUCACGAAUUCGAGAGACGCUUCGUAAAUCGGAGCCGACUGGUCCCGGCGUCGCCUUGCUCAAUGCAUACACCAAGCUCCCCACAGCGCUGUCACUGUCUGCGGAGCCUUCUCUAUUGCCUGAUAUGGUUGAGGUCCUACAUGAGAACUUGGUCUCCGUGCUGGCCGACGAGAAAUUCGUUUCUACGCCUAAAACAUACUUUUACCUUGGGCAGGGUUUCAAAACCUACGUCGAUCUAGGUUCAAGCCUAGGGAAACUUGACGCAGGCCUUUGGAACCGCGUAAUUACAGUUGCAGCGAGAUACUCGCGACUGCAUUCUUUCCUUGAGGCCACAUUGGCCUAUGUCUCGGCAUGCCCUGAUAAUAUUGGAGGGGACACAUCCGCAAUGGAGGCUUUUGUCGAUGCUUUGAUUGACAACCUUGCAGCCCCUUCUCAGGAGCUGCGUCUUGUAUCAUUGAAGAUACUACGCGAGUUGAUCAAAGCCCUAGGCGACGACACUUCGCUUAUAUCUCUGGCCAUCGAAAUCGAGGAAAGCCCUCUCACUUUACAGAGCGCGAGGACUUUGUCGAUGCAUGUCCGGAAACUUGCCCUAACAUAUCCUCAGAUCACCUCACGUAGGUGGUUGCCUAGGCUCCUUCCAACAUUCUGCUUCGGUUUAUUCUCUAAGAAACUGGCUCCGUUGUGGGACGACUCUGCUUCUGCGCUGAAGUCUAUGAGCGAGCACGCUGAAGGCGAAAAAGUGGUGACUGAGCUGGCCACGCAGUGGCUUCAAGAGAGAGGAUCGACUUCGACUGAGACAGAGGAGGACGAUGACGAAGACAAUCAGGUAUCUGGUUAUUACCAGUGCUUCAAUGCAGCCAAGAUCGAGAGGCUAUCCGCAACGCACUUCCUGUCUUUUGAGCCGGCUUCAACAUUGACACAGGACUUCGAGAAGGAUCACGCGCUUCUGGAUGUGGUUCCAAUUGCUCCUCGCACCCAGGCCCUGCGGGUAUUCAAUGCCAUCCCUAACAUAGCCGAGAAGCGUUCUCGUCAGAUUGUACCGCUGUUCCUGUCAUGGGCCUUGCGAGAUGAGGACGAUGGCCAGUCCCCUACAGAGCAGACAGAGGCCGACGAGAACCAGGGCUCGUACAUUCCCUGGGGUUUCCACGACCGGUUGUCAUUCCUGAAGCUUCUCGGACAGUUCAUCAAUCCUUCUGUGCUGUACAGAGCUCCGGAGGUCCACGAUGCCCUUCUAAGUUUGCUUUGUCACGGUAAUUCGGAGAUCCAAAAGUGUGCACUCAAGGCUUUAUUUACCUGGAAAACUGCCGGCAUCGUACCCUACCGCGAAAACCUUCUGAAUGUGCUGGACGAAUCGCGGUUUAACGAUGAACUUGCGGUGUUUGUUCGUGUUGGCAAAGAGGAUAGUUUGAUUGAAGACAAACAUAAAGACGAUGUUGUGCCUGUCAUUCUUCGCCUCCUUUAUGGUCGGAUGAUCUCGAAGGCUAGCGCGAACGCCGGUCAAGCAGGCCAAACUGGACGACGUAAGGCCAUCUUGCGGACCCUGGCACAACUGCCUGAUCGUGACUUCGACAUCUUCAUGGGGAUUGCUUUCGGACCGCUCGGUGAGCUGAAAUUGGUCAAGGACGACCAAGUUGACGACCAGUCUUUCCAAAACGAACCUCUCGGGCCAAGAAGACAGACAGGUUUGCUGAAGUUGAUCGAAACUGUCUUCGACACCCUGCAGAGCCGCAUGGUCCCCUAUGCGGAGCAGUCCAUGGAUGUUGUGUUGCACUGCCUUGUUCGAGCUUGCCGUGCCCUGGCAAAGGAGCAGACCGCCACUGCAGACUCCCAGGAGGGACGACUAAUCAAUGUACUGCGAAACAUUCGGCAGACAAGUAUCCGCUGCCUUGACCUGAUCUUCUCAAUCUCGCCGGAUCGAGACUGGACUUCCCGCGUUCGCAUUAUCUUCGAUGAGGUUGUCAAUCCACGUUUGGAUAACUUCGCGACAGAAACGGCUCAAGGAGUUUCCGGUCUCCUACGUCUGUUCCACACCUGGGCUUCUUCUCCCUUGUCUACCUUCUAUCUCUCACGAUUUAACGAUGUUCUUUUGACUAAGAUCGUGGACUGUCUUGCUGUUGACUCGGCGCGUGAUGAGGUCAAAAUAUUUGUCAUGGACGAAGUCCUGACGCCGUUAAUCAACAAUGCCUCCGAAAAAGAGCUGAAAGAGGGCGAAGAAGAGGACGAGGAUCAGAAGAUGGGAGACUUCCCGGUGGACGAGAUACGCUCGGAAGUUUUGUCUCCUUAUAUUGAGCAUACCCUUUCUCACCUAGGGCGUCUGUUGAAACGUGGUCCAUCCAAGCCGGUGCUAGUUUCUGGUGUUCAUACCCUCUCGCGUCUAGCACCAUGUGUCGAGUCAUCGAAGGAAACGUCGAGCCUGAUCAGCAUCUUGACGUAUCUACUCCGCCAGCCGUCUGAUAGAGUGUCACCCAAGACCAAGUCGGACCUUCUUCGCAGCUUGGAGCACUUCUUGCCUCUAUACAAUACGAAGGAAGACGAGGCUCUGUCCCGAGAAGUAUUUGAAGCUGUUUGUGCCAUGUUCGACUAUUUCCGAGAUGAUAAAAACCGCGAAGUCUUGUCCAGAGUCUUCACAGCUCUCGCCAACCACACACCUGAGCUUGGCCAAGUUGCUUCCCUCUGCGAAGAUCUGAACUCUAGAUCUAUGAAAACUCUUGGGGCAGACUAUGGCCGUCGCCUGGAUGCUUUCAGAACAUUGAAUGAGGAUCUCUGGGAUUCACUCGACGCUCGGCAGUGGCGACCACUAUUAUACAACAUGCUCUUUCACGUUAAGGAUGAAGAGGAGUUGGCCAUUCGGUCCAGCGCCUCGUUUGGCUUGAAGCGUUUCAUUGAGCGAUCAGCUCGAGUUAAGGCCGAUGAAGCAGGACCGUUCGAACCCCUCGUCGCCGACAUCUUGUUCCCUGCGUUGCAAGCUGGCAUGCGCCACAACUCUGAGCUGAUCCGAGCCGAGUUCGUGCAGGUCCUUGGUCACUUAGUUGAGCUACACCCACACCGUCCUGCAGUGCGGGAUAUGCAUGUGCUACUGGCUGGUAACGACGAGGAGGCCUCCUUCUUCUACAACAUUCUUCACAUCCAGCAGCACCGCCGCCUUCGAGCCCUCCGACGACUGGCUAGCGAGGCGACCAGCGGAAAGCUCCAAGCAUCGAACAUUAGCACCAUCUUUAUUCCUCUGAACGAACACUUCGUGUUCAAUGAGGCUCCUGAUGAGAACGCACACAACCUCAUUGCAGAGGCUGUGCUGACCAUCGGGACACUCGCGGAGUCAUUGGAUUGGAACCAGUUCAGAGCCAUCUUCAGGAGAUACCGUGGCUACAUGAAGAGUAAGCCUGAUUGGGAAAGGAGCGUUUUGAGGCUCUUGGGCAGAAUGUCCGAUGCGCUGACCAGUGCCAUGACCCAAUAUACUUCGUCGAAGUCUGAAGCCGACAAGAGCGACGACGCUAUGGAUGUCUCACCCCCCUCAAUGUCCACUCUUGCUCGGUCUAUACCCUCUGCUGCUAAGGUCGCGAACGAGCUCACCACCGGCUUUAUUCCUGUUUUGACGGAUUUCAUUCAUCACAAGAAUGAGGCCCAGAUGAGCCUGCGUCUUCCAGCGGCGGUUACUACUAUCAAACUCCUGAAGCUUCUGCCUGAACCUGAUAUGGCUAUUCGCCUGCCAGCGGUUCUCCUGGAUGUUUGCAGUAUUCUCAAGAGUAAAGCCCAGGACUCCCGGGACACUGCUCGGAAGACACUAAACGAUAUCGCUCUUCUGCUGGGACCGAACUACAUGGGCUACAUUCUCAAGGAGCUGCGACAUACUCUCAAGCGGGGUUACCAACUGCACGUCCUUUCAUUCACUGUUCAUUCUAUUCUUGUGGCUACGACCGAUGACUAUAAGCAGGGUGAUUUGGACUACUGCCUAGCGGAUCUCAGCUCAGUGGUCAUGGAUGAUACUUUCGGCACUGUUGGUCAAGAGAAAGACGCCGAAGACUAUGUCAGCAAGAUGAAGGAGGUCAAGAGCAACAAGAGUUACGACUCGAUUGAACUUCUCGCCAAAAAUUCGACCAUCCGGAAUCUUGCUAGCCUGUUGCGGCCACUUCAAGAGCUCCUGCGGGAAAAGCUCACAUCCACCAUUGUGCGCAAGGCCGACGAACUUCUGCGAAGAAUCGGCAUUGGUCUACUGAGAAAUCCUGGAGUCGAAAGCCGUGACAUUCUCGUCUUCUGCUAUGAAGUUAUUAAGGAGGCCUACAAGGAGCCUGUCCAGUCUGACGCCCAGGUUGCAAAGUCUGCUCAAGAAAAGAACUUUCUCAUCAACAUGAAGGGCCAGCGCCGAAACGAGAAGCGAGGAAGCACUUCAUCGUACGUCUACAAACUCGUCCGCUUCUCGUUCGAUGUUCUCCGUUCUGUCCUCAGCAAGUACAACUCCAUCUUGACUCCUGCCAACAUCGCCGGCUACCUUCCCAUGGUCGGAGACGCGGUUGUCCAGGGCCACGAGGAGGUGAAGAUCGCUGCUAUCCGAUUCCUUUCCACGAUCAUUAAGCUUCCUCUACCAGAGAUCGACGCCAAUGCCCCUGUCUACAUAACGGAAGCCGUCAAGCUGAUCAAGGAGGCCCCGAGCACCAGCACAGAAGGUGCACAAGCUUCCUUGAAAAUGAUAUCUGCAAUACUCCGGGAGAGGAAGGACAUCAAGCUUAGAGACGGACACCUCGCUUAUCUGCUCCAGCGUCUGACGGCUGACAUUGAAGAACCGGACCGCCAGGGCGUCACUUUCAACUUCAUCCGGGCGGUCAUGGCUCGCAAAUUCGUUGUGACCGAGAUGUACGAGCUCGCCGACAACAUCGCCCAAAUGAUGGUCACGAAUCAGACUCGGUCUGCACGUGAUCUUGCCCGCGGCGUGUACAUCCACUUCCUCAUUGAGUACCCUCAGGCCAAGAACCGAUGGACGAAACAGUUGGCUUUCCUGGCCAAGAACCUUGAGUACAAGCAUCAAGAUGGUCGCCAGUCCGUUAUGGAGGCCAUCCACAUGCUGCUUUCCAAGACAGGGCAAGAGUUGGCUCAAGACAUCGUCGGUACAUUCUUCCUGCCCGUCGUCAUUGCCAUGGCAAACGACGAUGCCGCUGAGUGCAGAGAGAUGGCUGGUGCGCUGCUAGGUGAAUUCUACAGGCGGGCAGACCGCGAGCAGAUGAAGACCAUCCUCGAACCUCUCCGGUCCUGGAUUGAACAGACAGAGAAUCCCCUGCUUACCAGCACCGGUUUACAGGCGAUGAGAAUCUACUUCGAAGUGGAGGAAACCGCCAAGGACAAGGAAGCAGUAUUUGUUGCCCAGACCCUUCCGACAAUCAUGCGGCCUAUUAUCAAGGAAUCCGAAACAGACAACUGGCAGACGCUGUAUUUCUCGCUGCAGCUCUUCUCUAAGCUCGCCAAAGCAAUUCCCUCAGUUGCGCUGUCCAAGGACCGCAUCAAGACCUGGAAUCUCAUUUGCGAGUGUCUGUUCUACCAUCACACCUGGGUUAAGACCUGCGCCUCGAACCUCAUUGGCAUCUGGCUGGCAGACCUGGCCAAGACAAACGCUGCCGCUGGAUACGGCUCCUUACCUCUAGUCGGCGCAACCGGCCUUGCCAUGGACAAGGACACAAUGCUCCUCCUGCUCCGCGCCAGUCUCCGCUCCCUGCGUACACCCGGCAUCAGCGAAGAACUCGCCAUGCAAAGUGUCCGCAACAUCAUGUUCCUCGGUCGCUGCUGCGCCCAAAACGGCCUUGAACUAGAUGAAACCGAGGAAGAGAAGGAAGAAGCGUCAGAUGAAAGCGACAACGACGAAGAUCAAAACGAGGCCGCCGACGGCGAGACCCAAAUGAACGGCAAGAAGUCCGCUGUGCGCUUUAUCUUCGAGCAAGCAUCCUCCAUCCUCCGCCGGGAGUUCGUCACCACCAAGGCUCCCUCAUUAAUCCCCAAGACCGCCUCCAUCGGUCUCAUUGCCGCUCUCUGCCGCCACCUUGAACCCGAGCAGAUCAAUGACUCCCUGCCUGUCAUCCUUCUUCCACUGCAGCAUCUGACUGACGCGUCGAUUCCCGCUCCCCGCUCAUCAGACGAGGCGUUCCGGGAAGCGUACAAGACGCUUGUCUCGAACUGCCAUGAGGUACUUGAUAUUUUGCAGAAAAAACUUGGUAACACUGAGUACAUCAACCAGAUGUCGGUUAUUCAGGAGGAGAUCAAGCAGAGGCGUGAAGGGAGACGAGUUAAGAGGCGCAUCGAGGCCGUCAUGGACCCUGAGAAGCAUGGUCGUGACAAGAAGAGGAGGAAUGAUCGCAAGCGCGAGAAGAGGAAAGAGAAGAGCGCGGAGUUCCGGGGGAAGAGACGUGGUUGGUAA